AUGAGAACGUCGUGUGAGGGAAAGGGCGUUGGAGCAGCCAAGAGAAAGAGGAAGAGCAAGACGCAAAGGCAGACGUUUCAGACUCGGACGACGAAGAGAAUGAAGGCAACAAACACACCUAGAAGAAGGAGAAGUAGUGGAGUGCAUGAAGAAGCACAAGAAGAUGACAUUCUCACUCAAUUUGGUGCUUAUGGCCACAUCAAGAACUUGCAUCUCAAUCUUGAUCGUCGCACUGGAUUUCUUAAGGGGUAUGCGCUAAUAGAAUAUGAGAGCUUUGUGGCAGCUCAUGCAGCUAUAUCUGGAAUGAACGGGGCUAAACUUUUCUUCCGGACCAUUUCCGUUAACUGGGCUUUCAGCACUGGUCCUUUCAAAGGGAGGAGCCUAGCUCUUAGCCUAACUUGUCAUUCGACACACAUCAUUCAAGGAGCCCAAGGAGACACCAAGCCUAGCACUGGAAGACAGGCAAAUGGAGUUAUAUAA